CCAUUCAAAUCGCGGAGACGAUACAGACCGCCCACAUCAACCGGGCGCCCUCCCCGAGUCACGACCUCAACCCUUCCACAGCAGCCUCUGAGAAGGAGCCAGUGACAUUAGAACCCGUCCAUGACGAUCUCGAUGAUGAUGAGCUCGACGACUACAUCCCCCGCAGCGUGGUGAACUCGAAGCCGCGCACAGCAAAACUUCCGCCCAUGCCCGACCUGCGCUUCGAGCAGAGCUACCUAAACAGCAUCUCCAAAGCCGAUACUUGGGGGCGGGUGGCCUGGAUCACUGCCAGGGAUCAGGUGAUGAUGCCCUUGGUCCAAGGUGUCGUUUACAACUUGUUCCUCAUCGGCUGGCAUCACUGGAAUAAGAAUGCGCAGGUCCACGGCAGCUCGAUAGGUGCCAGGGUCCGGCGAUGGUGGUAUGGUGUGAAUAACUGGCAGCUGCCCCCGCAGAAGAGCUCAAACUGGAGGACUGCUUUCACAAAGAAGGAGCUGUGAG